AUAUUAAUUUGUCAAACACUAUAUUUUAUUAUUAUUACUAGUUCAGAAGCAAUAGUAAAAUGUCGAUUAAACCAAGUGCGACUCCGCCUAAAAUACAAGAAGGAAAAUUGAAAGUUUCUUAUGGUAGUAAACAGUAUGUUGGUCAAUCAUGGAAGGAUAUUAUUUUUAUUCCGUACAACCGACUUGUAAUGUUUACUUUUAUGGCCGCCACAUACAUGUCAGUUAUGUACAACGUCUAUCUGUUGACCUACUUGCCCAAAGAGCUUCCAUUUUUGGUACGGUUAAUAUUUGAAUAUGGCUGUGAGGUGGUAUACUUUGUUUGCGUCGUCGUCAUCAUUUUGCAUAGAUUAAUGAAAACACACAGGCAAAGAAUGAUUUAUAAGCCAGUGCCACUCUUUUUAAUCGCAGUGGAUUUUAUCAGCAUUCUACCUUUGCGGAUUUUAUAUGCCACAAUCAACCGAUAUACAUGGAAAAUGUACUUUUCUGAAUAUCAAUUGCAGUUUAAUCAAUGUUAUUUGAAGUUUGCAAGAAUCAUUCGGAUUAUAUUCUUUUAUUUUGAUUUAAGAGGUAAUUUGACCAAUAAUCAAACUGUUAUUAUAAUUGUGUGUCAUUUAUUGGGUUCUUUCAUGGUAAUAUUUAUAUUGGCCUCUGUAUAUCACUACAUUGGAUUGACCACACCAGUUAAUGUAGCUUCAUGGACAAAUCACUGGGUCAAUGCAAAUAUCACAUUGAAUAAUAUGAGUGACACAACAUGGUUUAUCAUUUGUAUUUAUGAGAUUGCUGGAUUAUAUUACAACAAUUCACUAGAAUUGAUUCGAUACACGAACAUGAAUGAUACAUUGCUUAUUUUCAUAGCGAUGCUACUUGGUUUUAUUUCGCAAUAUACCUUUUGUUAGGCACCCUAACUUCCGAGGAACUUCAAGGUAUGCGAGGAAAAUACAAUCUUCAAAUUCGACUCACUGCUGCUAAAAAGCUAAUGACUAUUUUGAUGAUGCCCGAACAACUUCAGCAAACCGUGCAAGAUUACUACGAAACUAUUUGGAACUAUCGUUUAGGGGUAGUCACAAUGCCCAGUAUUGUGGAUAGACUUCCACCUUUUAUGAAGUCCGAAAUUCUUACCGACAUUUACUGGGAAGCUCUACUUCAUACAAAAAUAUUUGAUAAUGUCAGCAAUGUUUUCCGGAAAGUAAUCGCUGAACAGAUGAAAACCGAAAUCUACAUGCAAGGUCAUCUGGUUUUUCGCGACAAGGAUAUUAAAGCUAAAUUGGUAUAUCUUCAAUCGGGAAUGUUAGAAAUUUACAACGUUGACGCGGAUGACUCCAGAAUAACCCUAAGCAGUGGCUCUGUACUUUGUGAAGUGUCUUGUAUACAAUGUAUGAAAUCUACUGCUAACGUAAAAUGUCUCACCAAUUGCACACUGCAUGUUCUGUACAUGGUAGAUUUCUACAAAGCGCUUCUGAAGAGCUACUCCCAUGAGUUUAAAACAAUGCGAAACACAUACCACACCAGAGUGAAUUAUUGCAGAUCCAAGUUAAACUAUGUUGGUAAACAAGUGCGCAUGUCACAUAUGCGCUGGGUAAAAACACAAUGGCGUAAUUUGUUUGAAUCAAAGGAAUCCACAUGUGAUAAACACUUUACAUCCAGAUUCCUUGAUUUGAUUGCAAUUAUUAGCACCAAAGUUGAUCCAAGUGCAUUUUGCUUAAGAGGAAAAUGCCCAUUUGUUAUGAUGUCUGGAACUGCGCUCUCCGCCUUCUUCUAUUACCUGUGCUUAUGUGCAACUCUGAUCAAUUUUUUCUUUACUUUCCGAGAUAUUUUCUUUGAAGGCCGAUUGGAACUAGAAAACUAUAAAUAUUACGUCCUGAUUGAUUCUAUAUUCUUUUUGGAUAUAUACCUGCAAAGCAUCAGUACAAUCAAGACUUUUAGUCACGUGAUUGAUCAACCAUAUGAUAUUCUAGUCUACAAAUUAAAGAACAUUUUCUUUCUGUUGGAUCUGGUGGCUUCUAUACCCUUGGAUUAUUUGGGUAUCAUAGCAAAACUUCCACCGAAAUGGUUGUGCGUAAUGAGACUUAAUCGUUUUAUAAGAUUGUAUAAAACAAUUCAAUUUUUCUACUACCAUGAAAAAAGAGUGACUCCAUAUGCAGGGCUGCUUAAAUUUUUCAAGUUUGUGCUUUAUCAUGUGCUGCUUGGACUUUUGAGCACAUCAGCGGUAUACCUCUGCAAUUGUUUCGGAGACGAAUGUCAGCCAACUGGAUUUGUUGCAAUAUUGAAAGCAAAACAUCUUGAAACCAUGGGCUACAAUAUCAAAAUCAGUGACUUUUUCAUAUGCUUGUAUUAUACAAUCAAUAUCUACAUGAAGUUGGUGCUCCGAGUGUACAGUCAGUUCCUUCUGUCUGAUUUGGUGAUAAAAGUAGUUAUCAUAAUCAUAAGUUACUAUAUGCUCACCAUUAAGCUGGCGCAGAUUUGUGCCCUGGUUGGGCUCCGAUACGAAAGAAGUCAUCUUCUUCAAGAACGCGUUGACAUGAUUGAUAUACGUGUACAGGAAAACAAAGAACUAAAAAAAUACAAAAAUCGUCUGGUUGAAUGUCUGUCAGCUGAGUGGAGCAUCAGUGAUGAUUUACGGUUUCAUGAUUUAUGCAGUAUUACACACCAAGAAUCCGAAUUUCUGCGUAGGAAUGUAAAUGACGAGUACAUUUUAUGGAUUCUAGAACAAACUGAUUUUUUCAAACCUUUUCCACGCGACUUUCGAUCUCACCUGGCACAUCAUAGUCAAAUAUUUCUUAUUCCUGAAGGACACGAAUUGAUAAAGUUUGAAUAUCGGUGCUUUUAUUUAUAUAUUGUAGUCCAAGGCUUUUGUGUUGGCAAAUCAUACACUGCUGGAGACUUAGAAAAAAAUAUUGACACAUGGUAUAAACGCUUGGAUGUUUUUCCACUUUUGGAAUACCUGCAUCAAGUCGGCAGUCUGAUGGACGUCAAAUCGCACACUGCUGUACAAGUGAUAACAAUUCCCUACUCUGUUUUUCAAGCAUGUAUCAGUGUUUAUAAUCGAGAAGUUAUGGUUCUCAAUGCCGCUCUGAAAGCGCAUGGUCGACAAUUUAUGGGAUUGCUGACUGGCGCAACCGCUUCCAAGGCGGAUGAAGAGGAAAAACGCAAACUAAACAAGGCAACCAUGUUUCAAUAUACCAUUCGUCGACAACACUUGAUAUUGGAUAUUACCAAUUGCUCCCAACAACAGUCUCGCGACUCUGCAUUUCUAAAGUAUCGCAAAAUUCUCAAACAAAUUGCCUACAGCACGUACAGCCCGAAUAGCAAUUAUUACAUUGCAUAUGAAAUAUUUCGCUGUCUAUGCAUUCUUCUGGACGUAAACAUUAUAUUUUUUCUAUGCGUAGCAGAGGUGUACAAGAAUAGUUGGGCUUUAUCGAUUACCUACGUCAUGUAUUUUCUUUGGUUCUGCGACAUGAUCAUUCAAGCUCAUUUAGAAUAUUAUAACAGUUACGGUAUACUGGUUCAAGAUUUGAAAGCCACUUCAAUGUACUAUUUGAGACAUUCGUUCCUGCUUGAAUUUAUAGGCGGUAUGCCAUAUGAUUUGUUCAAUCUGAUUGCGUUUGUACGACCUGCACGACGCUUGUCCGUCGAAAUCAUGAUACUUAUGACUGCACGGCUGAUAUUACUGCUCAGGCCAAUUCAAUUCUCAGUGUAUCUUCAAGGCGAUGGGGUGACAAGAACACAACGAUUCUUAAAAUACAUUACCAUAGUCCUGAUGAUUUACCAUUUUAUAAUGUUUCUGGCAGCAAUGAAGCUUUUAAUAACUUGUGACAUUGAUGAGGACAGGCAUUACCUAUGUCCAGAAACCUGUUGGAUUAUGGUGAGACAAUUGUUUCUGGAUUGGGAUGAGUCUAAAUUUUUCUGGAUUUCUUUUCGGUCCAUUUUGGUUACGGGUGUGAGCAUUGCGGGACCACUAAGUUUGGAAUCGGACCAUGUGUUAACUUUGGUGAUUGGAGUUAUAGUCAUUUUAGUACGGAUUGCUUUACUUAGCAAAAUAACUGGAGAUAAUUGUAAUCGUCAAUUUGCAUUAGUAGAACACCAAGACGCCAUGAAAAGAUACAAUGUUUUCUUUCGCGAUCGUCUUGUCAGCAACAACACAAAGAGUGAGAUGUUGAAUCACUAUAAGAACAUUUGGCAAAAAUCGUACUCUGAUAAAUCUAGGAAGAUAUUUGAUAAUAUUUAUCCGUUUCUGCGUGAAACACUUUUAUUGACCAUGUACAAAACGGCUGUUGCAAAGUGCAUUUUAUUCAAGGAUCAGAAUGUUGUUCUUUUUAAAUUGUUUAUUCCACAUUUAGAAGAGCGAUACUACGUGAAAAAUGCUCCAAUAAUUCGUACAAAUGAUGUUCAAGGCAAUAUCUUUAUUGUGGUCAAAGGUCAAGUGGAAGUAACAAUGGCAAGCUGUCGUUUGGCUCAUCUUGGAUCUGGCGGACUCUUUGGAUGCUUUGAACCACUCGGUUUAAAUCGUCAUACAAUGGCCUUUAAAGCAGUGCGACACACCAAUGUGCUUGUAAUUAAAGCACCACUCUUCUACCAACUGAUUAAAGGAUAUUCUAAAACCGAAAGCCUAAUGAGAAGAAUGAGAGAUACUCAAUUUCAAUAUGCAACAAUGGGUGUAAGGAAAUUUGAUAUUCAUGAUUCAAUGGCAAGUGCCGAAUCGGGACACACCAGUCUAAAGGCAGAAAGAUUACAAACUCUUUACAGACUGUUUUUGUACGUUACCAAUGUGCAUAUUGCUCCCAUUAGUGCUUACUGCGUGCUGGUCAAUAGCCAAGUGGAAAUUGGAGUAAUGCAAUUUUUACCAUUAUGGAUUGUUUUGGAUUUGUAUUUUUCACUGUGUUUUAUUAUCCGUGGAAGACAAAUCAAAAUCGAUCACAAAACAGGCGUCAUCAUAAAUCGUCCAAGGGAACUACAGUUUCAAUAUUUGAAAUCAUUUCUCUUUUGUGCUGAUAUAUUAACUAUUCUGCCCGUUUAUUUAAUCAGAAUAUGGUGGUUCAGCAAUUGGCAUCAAUUGGUUUUUUUGUCCAACAAACUCUUUCGUUUGUACUUUCUUUACCACCAGUAUCAAAAAUACGUCCUAGCCAAAAAUAUACCACGGCAUAUACAAUGGACCUUGCUUGUUUAUUCAACAUUCUUUUUAGCUCAUGGUAUUUUUAUCAUAUGGUGGUUCAUUUUGGAAAUGCCAUAUGAAGAAAAAAUCACAACGCGCUUUUUAUUCUUGGGCUAUAUUAACAUGAUGAAUUACGUAUCUACAUGUGGACUGUUAAUUAUCUCUGAUCAUCAGGCUUCCUACGUGGUUCAGUUGACUAUUGACAUGGUACUGGUAAUCAUGAGUACUGGUUUGACCAUUGCGCUUGCAAUGUUAUUUACCAAGAGUGUAAUUUCGGGAAAUUCCUACGAAUGUGUUUACCGCUAUCGUGCGAGAUUCUACAAGCAAUUUUGUCUCGUGUCUAAUGUAUCCGAUGCGUUGGUAGCGCGUACCUGGAACUAUCUUCAUUUUAUCUACAAGAAGCAAGGGGGAGAACAGUUUCCCAAACUGUACGAGCAUGCCCCAAAGUACCUUAAACAGGAGCACAUGCAGAGCUUAUUCGGGAGGCAUUUUACGGAUCAUCCGCUCUUCUAUGAUUUGCAUGUUGAUCUUCUAAGUCAACUACAGACGUAUAUAAAGUGCAAUUAUUUCAUGCCUGGAUCGAUAAUAGUUGAGAAGGGUAGCAAAAAUGGAGAGUUUUAUUUUAUUGAAACUGGAAAAGUGAUAGCUAUUCAAUCGACCAGUGAUGACGACCCUAAUCCAUUGUACGAAACUUUGGGACCAGGUAGCUCUUUUGGCGAAGUCCAAGCUUUCCUAAAUUUGGAGCAUACUAAAACAUACAAGGCUUUGUCUUCAGUUGAUCUGAUCGCUCUCGCCAUUAGUGAUUGGGAGUACUUGUUAGAGUGGUUUCCUGCAUCGAAACAAAAAUUGCUCAAUCGUGUUCAAGAACAUGCAGAUAUUCUCAAAUAUACAUAGGUUAUUUAUUUGCUUUGCAUUGUGCUAUCUUGUCGUUUGGGUUGCAUACAGUCAACCGAUGAGUUGUCCAUUUAUAAGUGUGGUAAAAGAUAUCGUAAACGUAAACAUUCUAACCUGCAAAGUCUUCAUUCCUUUUGUUAU